UGACACUUGUUUUUAAAGUAGAUAAGCGACAUUUAUUACUCCUCAUUGACUGUACUGAUUCCGCCACAUCUUUAAAUGACUUUAGUGUACAUUACGUGCUGGUCGUUAAGAUCCGCCUCCUGAAAUAUGAUUGGCUAUCGUAGUGUGGUUUUAAGGUCACGUCAUACCUUGAGCGACAGCUCGAGCUGCAGCUGUACCAACCGGUGAUAGGGAGCUUAGCACGGACAUAUACAGCUGAGGGAGAUACCUUCAGCUAAGGGACACACUAUGACAGAGAAGAGGGUCUGAACAACAGCGAAGCCUUUUCUGAUGUUCUGUGUGGAUUCAUGCUGAUCUUUUCUUUUCCGAAGCUGAGUAGAGCAGUGGUGCGUGUGAGGAGACUGGCGGCUCAUCUCAGCAAGGCAACCAUGUCAACAAACCUCCAGAGCAACAGUUCGUCUUCUGCAGCCAACGGGGAUGCUCCUACUGCAGCCAUUCUCAUCAUUGGAGAUGAGAUUCUUAAGGGUCACACAGUGGAUACCAACAGUGCCUUUCUAACUAAAGCGCUUAGGAAGCUUGGAGUGUCUGUGCAGCGCAUAACAGUCAUACCGGAUGUGCAGGCAGUCAUUGCCAAAGAGGUGGCCCUCCUUUCAUCUCAGUAUACGCACCUCAUCACAUCGGGGGGUAUAGGUCCCACUCACGAUGACGUCACCUUUGAGAGUGUUGCCAUAGCAUUCCACGAGGAGUUAUAUAAAAAUCCAGAGCUUAGCAAGCUGGUUGAAGAAUUCUUCGGGGUUGGGGAGAAAAACAGUGCCGCUAUGAAGCUGGCGAUGGUGCCUCGCUCAGCAAAACUUAACUAUGGAACUGACCCUCAGACUGGGCUAAAGCACCGCUACCCUCUGGUCAGUGUACGUAAUGUGUACAUCUUUCCCGGGAUCCCAUCUUUAAUGGAGAAGGCCUUCAAUGGGCUGGAGCAUCUCUUUGCUGGUUCAGGGACCACCUUUCACACUCGUGAGGUGUUUGUCGAUGCAGAUGAAACAGACAUUGCACCUGUGCUGACCAAACUGCAGGCUGACUGGGGCCGAAAGGUGGCUCUUGGCUCCUACCCUGACUGGUUGAGCAACUAUCACAGAGUUAGGCUGGUCCUGGACGCAGACAGCCAGCAGGAGGUGGACAAAGCCCGAAUACAGCUGCUAGACAAGCUGCCCAAGGGGAGCGUGGUGCCCUUAGUCACAGACCCGGUGUCCAUAGCCCCCGCUGAGGUGUACGGACUGGCCAACAGUGGUACAGAGCUGGGUGAGAAAGUCAUGUCUGCACUGAAAACAAUAGAGGCAGCACUCCAUCAGUAUUCAACAGAGCAAAUCUGUGUUGGCUUUAACGGGGGCAAAGACUGCACAGCGCUGCUUCAUCUCUACUAUGCUGCACUGAAACGCCGAUAUCCAGAUACUAAAGAAAAGGUGAAAGUCCUGUAUAUUCGUAUUGUCUCUCCAUUCCCAGAAAUGGAGAGAUUUCUACAGGACACAACAAAAAGAUAUAGCCUGGAGCUGUUCACUGUGGAGGGCAGUAUUCGCCAGGCACUGAGCGAGGUGAAGGAACGAAGGCCAGAGCUAAAAGCCGUCCUGAUGGGGACCAGGAGGAGCGACCCCUAUUCACAUACACUCACAGACAUGUGUCCUACUGAUCCUGGCUGGCCUGACUACAUGAGAGUCAACCCCUUACUAGACUGGACAUAUCACGACAUCUGGGCAUUCUUGAGGACAUUAUACGUGCCCUACUGUAUUCUCUAUGAUAAAGGGUACACUUCACUCGGCAGUAUGGACAACACCUGUCGAAACGAGGCACUGAAGGUGGUGGAUGCCAGGGGGGUGACACGAUACAAACCAGCCUACCUCUUGGAGAAUGAAGAAGAGGAGCGAAACUCCCGCGCUUGAAACAAUCUGUGCUCGUCUUACUUAAGCUGUUCUUCGUGGAGCCAUUAUUUUUUCUUUUUAAGGAUGUCUGCUAACCAUCCACCCUCAUUUAAUUCAUAAGAAGGACCUUUUCAAAAAUACCAUGUCUGACUGUGGAAUGAGAUCACAGAGAAAAUGUGUGUUGCUUGUGUACAUGAGUCUAAAGUAAUGGCUCUCUGUGCUGUUGAAUAAAACAUCACUCCUUUUUUUUUUUCUUCUAUUGUCAUGUUACUUUAAGAGGGCUCUCACAUACAAAUGGGAAUCUGCAGGGCAUUCAAUAUAGCUCUUCACUUAACUUAUUCAUGCCUCCCUUUGUCUUAUCUCUAAAUCCAAUAACAACACUCCACCAGGAAGACGGGCUCCAUCAAAAUGUAUUUGUAAAUAAUGUAAAAAGGUUUUUCUCAUCGUGGAGAGAACACCAGAUUUGAGAAACUCCCUGAUGAAGGCCACCCAGCAGGCUCUCGUUUGCUAAUCCGUGUCUCCGACUGAAUACCCAGAAUUGCAGGCUGCAGCAUGUUUAGCUGAGCAUCUCCCCACCACACACCCGCUCGCUGUAGUUCUCUUUGAAGCCCUCACGGGCGCGUUGUUCUCACGUUUUCUAUUUAGUGCCCGUGAUUAUAAUAAAUUACCUUCUCCGUUUCCAGACAUGAUUGAAUCCAGGCUCAUCGAUCUGCGCUCUCCCUCUCCCCGCCUGGAGAUUAGUCAACACCGCGCAGCGUGGAUCAAUACCGGCCGAUCUAAUAAAGCGGGUCGCUUACGAGGCCACCGCGGGGCUGCACACACUGUUACACCAGCAAUUACCACUUCUAGGCCGUCCCUCAUACACCCCCCUCCUAACAUAUCUGUCCUGGCUUCACGGCUUGCUUGAUUUAUUAAUAAUAACAGUAAUAAAAGAGGCAAUGAACAGCGGCUUUAUAAUCACAGCACCGAUGUAAUGGUGUGUGUUUUGGUGGUGCGGUAAACACACCGGGACAUUGUCUGGAAUGAUGUUUUUGGGGUAGAAAAUUAAGUUACAGUCUGUGUUAGGCCACUUCUAACUAUAGCUGUAUAUGCAGCUUAUAUAAUGUGAGGGGUUUACUUUUAUAUAGGUCUAAUUUGUGCUUUUAUUUAUUUAAACUUCUCCUGUGUGCUUGUAGCACAUAUCCACCUUACUUUUAGGUUGAAUCCUUAAUUAUGCAUGUAAAAAUGUAUAUAAAUCCUUGUACAUCUCAUACUUUUAUACAUUAAUGGCAACAAUUGUAUAUAAUAAUUCGUUUUGAAUGUAUCUUGUGUAACUUAUUUACUUGCAUAUCUGUAUUUCAUAUUUCUAUCGGCUUCUUUUUUUUUUCUUUUUUAAAAAAAAUCAUUUUAUUUUGAUUAAUUCUUGCUGUGUGUUAGGAGGAAACAAUAUCUGGAUCU